CCGACCUGUGCAAAUGUGGAACUGGUACUGCUUAAUGUAUUUCAAGUCUUAGGGAAACUUUGGGAGCUGGCAGUCGUGCGCUGCGUUGGCAUCGGGGGCGGAAAGUACAAAAGCCUGCCUCUCGGGGGAGUACGCAGCAGUGUUCCGUAGACAUCCCCGAAACGCACCCGCAUGCACUCGUCGAACAAUGUCAGCUCAACACUUCUACAAGUGCUCCGCAAAGAACCCUUCCACUGUCGGUCCUCGCUCGCUACCCGCGGGGUAUACACAUGGGGUAUCUACGGACACGGACUUUGACGUCGUAGCGCCCCUCCAGGAUGCGGACCUCGCGCUUGGCCGAUGCGAGGCUAGCACCGUCCUAGCGGACCGCCUCGACAACACCAUCCUGGUCACUGGCUUGCUGCUGAGUCCCAUCCACAGCGCUACGAAUUGGCACGAAGUAGCUGACAAGCCUGCACUUCGCAUAAUCGCAUACUUUGCAUGUCUUCUUAAUGCGUGCGGGCUUCUCACCUCCGUGGUUUAUCGUUUGCGCUUGAGGGCCUUGAAAACCCGGAAUCUCGAUGAGCAGUACGCAGAAGAGUUUUGCAAUAGCCAAAUCGGCUCCUUCAUAUCUAUCAUGUCUCCCUUGGUGCUUUCUGCUAGGUACGAGAUUUCUCUUCCUCUAAAUCGUCGUACUGAAGUCUUACUGUCGACACAAUGUGCAGCGCUUCUUUCAGGCUCCCUUCUCUUGAACGUGAACACUGGCGGAGCCUUCGAAGCAGCCUUGAGCAUUCCGCAGCUGGCCCUGUUCGCCGUGGGAGUUUCCUUUCUUAUCAUUCAUGGCCGGCUUGUCUUUCGGCCCUCGAUCUUGUAAACGAGAUAAUCAAACGCUCUGACUCUGCUUAUGCCUGUAGUAUUAUCUUUGCUGGAUUCUUUUGAUUCAUGGCUGACAUAGAUAUCCGCUGAUUAUUCGAAGAUUGUGUGUGUUGAGUCUCAUCCAGUUUGUUUUUCUCUGGGACAGUUUACUGGCACAUCUUUAUAAUAAAAACUUGUUUAGUGCGGAAAUGAUAGCUUCAC